AUGUCUGAGAACUACAGGCUCCCGUUCAAUCUCCAGUGGGACGAAGCAUCGCCAGAAUGGCUAAACAAAGCAGACAAUGCAUGGGUAAUGACAGCAGCAACCAUGGUAGGUCUCCAAAGCGUUCCAGGGCUUGUGAUUCUAUAUGGUAGCAUGGUGAAGAAGAAAUGGGCAGUGAACUCAGCGUUCAUGGCUUUGUAUGCCUUUGCCGCGGUCCUAGUCUGUUGGGUUCUUUGGGCACACCAAAUGUCAUUUGGGAUCGAAAUUGCUCCUAUACUGGGAAAACCAAGUCAAGCUAUGACAGAAAAGUAUCUCCUGCACAAAAACCUAAUGGGGAUGAUUCCCAGGGCAGACUAUGUGUUUUACCAGUUUGCUUUUGCUGCUAUCACUGUUAUAUUGCUUGCUGGUUCAUUGCUUGGGAGGAUGAACUUUUAUGCUUGGAUGUUUUUUGUUCCUUUGUGGCUCACCUUUUCCUAUACAAUUGGUGCUUACACAGUGUGGGGUGGUGGAUUUCUUUACGGUCUCGUUAUCGACUUCUCAGGUGGUUAUGUCAUUCAUCUUUCUUCUGGGGUGGCUGGUUUCACUGCUGCGUAUUGGGUUGGGCCGAGGCAUUCCCAGGACAGGCAGAAUUUUCCACCAAACAACAUAAUUCACGUGUUGGGAGGUGCAGGGUUUCUAUGGCUGGGAUGGACUGGUUUCAAUGGUGGAUCUCCACUUUCAGCAGGCACCGUUGCACCGAUUGCCAUCCUCAACACCCACCUCUGCACUGCCACCAGCCUCCUGGUAUGGCUUUUCCUGGACAUAACCUUCUACAACAAAAGCUCUGUAAUUGGGGCUGUACAGGGCAUGAUUACUGGCCUUGUUUGCAUUACUCCCGGUGCUGGUAAUUAG